AUGCUCUGCAAUCACAUUAAAGUUGAACAAUGCGUCGAACGGGUUCCCAAAACGAUGUUCCGCAAAAAGCAAGACAUGGAGGACAAUAAUUUAUUCCUGGAAGGAAACUCUAACCGAGGGAAGCCUUCUAAAGGACAAGAAAGAUUCAAAACCUUCUGUGACGAGUGCGAUAAUUGCAACAAAUCGUUGAUGUGUCUCACUUGUGGUCGAAUUUUAUGCGGGAGAGAUGAUUCAGGGCAUGCUAUUGAGCAUUUCGAAGAAUCAAGACAUCCAGUUGUCAUGGAUUGUAUAACUUUCGAACUCUAUUGCUAUACAUGUGAUGAUGAGGUGUCUCUGGAUUUUGAACCUUCGCUCUAUGGAGUUCUAAAAUCGCUGAAGCUUCUGUUCGACAGAGAAGAUAUAAUGGAAGGAGGAGAAGGACCAACCAUAAAUGCGAAUACCUCUCCAGGUCUCACCAACGUCUCCACUAAUUUCGCCACAAAAUUACACGUUGUCGGUGAGAAGAAAGGAUCGAAGAAGAAAAGAGGAAAGAAAGGGAAAGUGAGUCCAAUGUUCGAUACACCAUUCCAAGGAGCUGUCGUCAUCGAUUGCACGAAUCCACCUGCAUCAAAUGGAGGUGUCGCUUCUUCAUCAUCGUCAACUGAGAUUCCGUAUCGGCCACGUGGAUUGAGGAAUCUGGGAAACACAUGCUUCAUGAAUGCAGUUCUGCAGGCAUUAGCUUGCAUAAAAGACUUCCGGGAGUAUAUUCUGAAUCUGCCAUCACUGGAAGACUAUGUAGAAGACGAGAAGAUUGCACAGAAUGGGAAUUGUUUCUUGACAGAUGAAUAUCAAAAACUGCUGGCAUCAAUGUCAGCGCGAAAUUUCCGAGAUCCAACUUCUCCGAACGAAUUUCGCGAAGCCUUCGUCUCCGCCUGUCCCCGGUUUCGUGGAUUUCGACAACACGAUUCGCACGAAUUCCUUCGAUAUCUUCUAGAUCAAAUGCACACGGAAAUGAGGAAAUGCAGGAAUCUUCCAGAGAUGCCUGAUGACAAAACUACACCGAUUUCCAAGAGUUUCGAGGGAACACUUCAAAGUAGUGUCAUUUGUCAAACUUGUCGGAAUGUUAGCAAUAAAAUGGACGAUUUUAUGGAUCUCUCGCUGGACGUACCACGAGUCUCAAAAGCGCGGUAUCGUUUAUCGGACUGCCUCGACCUAUUUUUCCAACGAGAACUUUUGGAGAAGGGAGAGAAACCGGAAUGCUCAAAGUGCAAAUCAAAGCAGACGUGUUCGAAGCAAAUGUUCAUUAAGAAGUUGCCAGAAGUCCUCUGCCUCCAUAUAAAGCGAUUCCGUGAUAAUGGUGGCAAAAUUGACACUCUUAUCGAAUUCCCGCUAACCGGAUUAUCAGUUGAUGACUUUUUAACAGAAGACAGUGACGAGCCACCGUGUGUCUACGAGCUUCAUUCGAUCAUUGUUCAUAUUGGAUAUGGUUGCUCAUCCGGUCACUAUAUUGCAUUCGGCCGCCGUGGCGCCAAAUGGUAUCAAUUCGAUGAUACAGUAGUCAAGGCAAUGGAAACGAGUAACAUCACAAAACAACGGGCAUACGUACUGAUGUACACGAAAUCCACUAGAAAACCAUAA